GUAUCAUCUCCUCUUAAACUGUAGUGUAUACCCCCAUACCCUCUUCAAUCCUCUCUCUCUCUAGAACCAUUGCCCACACUGCAAGAGACUUGAAUAUCCCAUUUGGGUUUUCGCAAACACCCUGAAAAGUGUGUCAAGAAAAAUCCAUUGUGUCAGAGACCCACUCUUCUCAUUCAAUAAGAGAAACAGAGCAAAAUUUUAUCCUUUCGUUUUGACAAUUACAAACAAGAAGCUUUAAAAUCUGACCUGGGUUUUGUUUUGAUUCUGACAAAAAGAAGAUGGGUGACAACGCUGCCGUGAAGAACCACCACCACCACCACCAAGUCUUCGACGUCUCUGCCGACGUGGCUCCGGCGGGCUCGAAGUGCUUCGACGACGACGGCCGCCUCAAGAGGACCGGGACUGUAUGGACAGCAAGUGCUCACAUAAUAACAGCUGUGAUUGGGUCUGGAGUGCUGUCCUUGGCUUGGGCCACAGCCCAGCUUGGAUGGAUCGCCGGUCCGACCGUCCUCUUCUUGUUCUCCUUUGUCACUUAUUACACCUCCACCCUCCUAGCAGCCUGCUACCGCUCCGGCGACUCCACCACCGGAAAAAGGAACUAUACUUACAUGGACGCUGUCCAAUCCAAUCUCGGUGGUAUGAAAGUUAAGAUCUGCGGGUGGAUUCAGUACCUCAACCUUUUUGGAGUUGCCAUUGGCUACACUAUUGCCUCUUCCAUAAGCAUGAUGGCAGUCAAGAGGUCUAAUUGCUUCCAUGCCAGUGGAGGGAAAGACCCAUGCAAAAUAUCAAGCACUCCGUACAUGCUCGCGUUUGGUGCAGCAGAGAUCCUCUUCUCUCAGAUACCGGACUUCGAUCAGAUCUCAUGGCUCUCGAUUGUCGCCGCGGUCAUGUCCUUCACUUACUCUUCCAUCGGUCUCGGCCUCGGAAUCGCCAAAGUUGCCGGGAGUGGGAAGUUCAAGGGAAGUCUCACUGGAAUAAGCAUUGGCACUGUGACUGAGACUCAAAAAGUAUGGAGGAGCUUUCAAGCAUUGGGAGACAUUGCUUUUGCCUAUUCUUACUCUCUCAUCCUAGUUGAAAUCCAGGACACACUCAAGUCCCCACCUUCAGAGUCCAAAACAAUGAAGAAGGCUACCCUGAUAAGUGUCUCCGUGACAACUCUUUUCUACAUGCUCUGUGGCUGCUUCGGCUACGCCGCCUUCGGGGACCUCGCCCCGGGGAACCUCCUCACCGGAUUCGGUUUCUACAACCCUUUCUGGGUCCUCGACAUCGCCAACGUGGCCAUCGUAGUCCACCUCGUCGGCGCGUACCAAGUCUACUGCCAGCCCCUCUUCGCCUUUGUCGAAAAGACAGCCGCGGAGUGGUUCCCAGACAGCGAGUUCAUUAAAAAGGAGUACAGGAUCCCGACUCCGAUCCCCGGGUUCAGCCACUUCCGCCUCAACCUCUUCCGGUUGGUUUGGAGGACCCUUUUCGUGAUCCUAACCACUGUGAUAUCGAUGCUCAUGCCGUUUUUCAAUGGUGUGGUGGGAAUCCUUGGAGCUUUCGGGUUUUGGCCGUUGACUGUAUAUUUCCCGGUGGAAAUGUACAUUGCGCAGAAGAAAAUACCAAAGUGGAGCACUAGGUGGAUUUCUCUACAAAUCCUUAGUGCUGCUUGUCUUGUUAUUUCCAUCGCUGCCGCGACUGGAUCCUUUGCCGGACUUGUUGAAGAUCUCAAGUCUUAUAAGCCUUUCAAAUCCAGUUAUUGAGAAGAUUUCAAACAUAGCUUUGAUUCCGUCGGUAGCAGAGAGAGAGAGAUUCCUAGAGCAAGAAAGGAAUUGAACAAAAAAUGGGAUUUCAAUUCUUGUUCGUGUUCAUAACAAGCAUAAAGGAAAGGAUCAGAGGGUGUCACUGUUGUUACUUUACAGUUUGGCUUUUAAUUGUAGCACAAAAAAAGGAAAAAAAAAAAAGGCUGGUCCAAUUAAUGUAUGUAUCUGAAAUUCAAAUAUGAAUGUCCAAUUUCAAUUCCCAAA